GCUCUUUGGUCAGAAGUUGCAAAGAGUUCAUUGAACUUUCAACCACAAGUUGAUAACAACAACCAAGCUGAGCCACCAUGCUAACAAAGUGAAAUGGAGGAGGAAAGAACAAAACAACACUGUUUUAAUCCAGUGUUGACUCCAGAUCCAGGGGGGGAGAAGCCCCGUCGAGAUGGGCCGGAUGAACCUAUCGCUGUGGCGGUGAUUGGCAGGCAGCUGACUGAACCAGGGCGCUUUGCCUACGCAGGGCUCUGUGGGGUCUCCUUGGGACAGCUGUUUCCUGGACCUGAGAACAGGUGUUUCCGGGAGCAGUACCUGGAGGGGCUGGUGCUAUGGCUGGGGCUGGAUGAGUCGGUGAUGCCCGUCAUGGGGGCCUUUCUGGCAGGCCUGGGAUUCGAGGGCAGCGACACCUUCCUCUCCAUCCUUCAGGCUGAGCCACUACUGUCUGCACGGGCCACUCCCAUCACACAGGACCUUGUGUCUUUUUCCAUCAAAGAUGGCCUGUACGACUCCAGAUCACGAGUCCUAAUUCGCCAUGUCAGCUGUCUACUGCGAGUGUCCCCUCAGCAACUGGAGGAGUUUGAGGCGACGCUGGGUGAACGACUGAGAGAGGGAGUGGUGGAGAGCGCAGAGGAUUCAUCUCGGCGACGGACAAAAGAGAGAGGACGUAAAUUACGACGCUACCUCCUCAUUGGCCUGGCCACUGUGGGUGGAGGAGCUGUGAUUGGUGUGACGGGCGGGUUGGCGGCACCACUGGUGGCGGCGGGGGCAUCGGCCGUACUAGGGGCAGGAGGGGCGGCUGCUCUGGGCUCAGCCACUGGCAUCGCCAUCAUGGCCUCCCUGUUUGGAGCAGCAGGGGCUGGCUUAACUGGCUAUAAGAUGAAUAAGCGGGUGGGAGCAAUAGAGGAGUUUGAGUUUCUGCCACUGAGCUCAGGGAAGCACCUACACCUGACUGUGGCUGUGACCGGCUGGCUGUGCACUGGCAAAUACAGUUCGUUCCAGGCUCCUUGGUGCAGUCUGGGUGCGUGCGGAGAGCAGUACUGUCUGGUGUGGGAGUCUCGUUUCCUCAGGGACCUGGGUUCCACCAUGGCUGCUCUUCUCGACGGCCUGGUCAGCAUGGUGGCCCAGGAGGCCCUCAAGUACACUGUGCUGUCAGGUAUUGUGACUGCGCUUACAUGGCCUGCCUCUCUACUUGCGGUGGCCAGUGUUAUAGACAAUCCCUGGUCUGUGUGUCUUAGUCGCUCAGCCGAGGUGGGAAAACACCUAGCGCAGGUGUUGAGGAGUAGGCAGCAGGGGAAGCGUCCUGUCAGUCUCAUUGGCUUCAGUCUUGGAGCGAGGGUUAUCUACUUCUGCCUUCAGGAACUUGCCAAAGAUCAAGGCUGUGAGGGCGUGGUGGAGGAUGUUGUCCUAUUGGGUGCCCCAGUAGAUGGCACCGCCCAAGCCUGGGAGAGAAUGGCCAAGGUUGUCGCUGGGAAGAUAGUGAAUGGAUACUGCAGAGGGGACUGGCUACUGGGAUACGUGUACAGGGGUUCAUCGGCACAGCUGUCUGUUGCAGGGCUUCAGCCAAUCAGCUUGAAUGAUCGCCGCAUAUUCAACGUGGAUCUAUCUUCUGUGGUGAAAGGUCACUUGGACUACAUGCGUCAGAUGGAUACCAUCCUCGUAGCAGUGGGCGUGCCCACCAGAGAAGUUCCAGGAGCUGGGGGCGGACCUCUUCAGCCACUCACUAUGACCGAGAGAGAACUGGACAUAGCCAUGGUCCAAUCAGCACCAGGGGAAGUGGCUGAAGAGCAAAAACUGGUUGGUUCUUCGGCUGGAGCAGAUGAGACUUGCAUGGGUGAGGGAGGGCAGCUGGAGGAAAAAGAAGAUAUGGGAGACGGUUGGGAUAUCCCUGACAUAUCAGAUCUGUUGGACUCGCUAAACGAGAUCGAUGUUGUUCCAACUGAAAACAGUGUUGAGGGUAACCUGCAACAGAGUUCUGAGGGGAAUGCCACCCAUAGGGACAACGGUGUAUCUUCCCAUCUAGAGUUUGAUGGAUGGGGAAAGGAGGAGGAGGAGGAGGAGGAAUGGGGAGAGGGAGUAGAGGGGACAGAGUGUGACACUGAACACACGUCCUGGAGUUGGGAGGACACACGCUGGACUCCUGAGCACAAACACAUGGGACCAAACAAGCGGACAUAGGAGGUUACAGUACCAACUGCCUCACUGCAGUUUGUCUGCCUCUUCUCAACUUGAAUUACCAACAACAUCCCAAUCGUGUGUGGAAAGACCUCCUUUACCUUCACAGCACACUCAGGUGCCAGAACACAUAUAUAUAUAUUUAUUUUAAUCGAACUAAUCAUGAACGUGAACUCCUUAAGGGCUUUUUAGAUUUAUUUAACUAUGGCAAUCUAAGUUUUGUCAAUCAUUUAAUUUAGAAGUUAAUCUGUGAAAAGAAAAGUGUUGCAUAAUGUAUGCACUGUAUAGUGUGUUAAAGUAUUGUCGGUUUUAUGUAGGCAGGAUGUAAAUUAAAAACAUUUAAUUACAAAACA